AUGUGCCACCAUAACUCCCGAAACCACACCAUCAACAGUCCCCAAUCCCACAACAACACCUACAACUUCACUGCCCUCAACCAUACAACCAACCACAGAAACUACAACCACAACUACUGUGCCAACUACCACCUCUCCAACAUCUCCAACAACUCUGCCAACUACCACCACUCUGCCAACUACCACCAUUCUGCCAACUACCACCACUCUGCCAACUACCACCACUCUGCCAACUACCACCAUUCUGCCAACUACCACCACUCUGCCAACUACCACCACUCUGCCAACUACCACCAUUCUGCCAACUACCACCACUCUGCCAACUACCACCACUGUGCCAACUACCACCACUCUGCCAACUACCACCACUCUGCCAACUACCACCAUUCUGCUAACUACCACCACUCUGCCAACUACCACCACUCUGCCAACUACCACCAUUCUGCCAACUACCACCACUCUGCCAACUACCACCACUCUGCCAACUACCACCACUCUGCCAACUACCACCAUUCUGCCAACUACCACCACUCUGCCAACUACCACCACUCUGCCAACUACAACCCCUGUUGCCCCAAAGACAACCACCACUGUCACAACCCCAACUCCCACCACUACCUCCACCCUAACAACAACUCCCCUAACAACCUUCAUCACAACCACCACCCGGAGAGGGACAACACCCACCCCGACCAAGCCAAGGAUAUUCAGCUGCCCCGAGAUACCACCCUCUCACCAUCCAUCCCCCUACUACGAACGUCAGGCUGGCAGCAAGGAGACGCAAGCAAUGAGAGAAUUUACACCCGGGUCAACCUGAUCCGCUUCUCCUACAGGAAGGACAUCACCCUGAGUCCAGUCAGGAUAACUGAGACUGUGGGUCUGUGA